CGGCCUCCUCGCCUCCCGCCCUCGCUCGCCGCCUGCCUUUUUCUGCCCGCGGCGCCAUUGCCGGUGCGUGCGUGCCUCGCGCUGAGCCUGCCCCGCCGCUUCUCCUCUUCCUCGGGACCAUGGCCACCGACUCGUGGGCCCUGGCGGUGGACGAACAGGAGGCGGCCGCCGAGUCGUUGAGCAACUUGCAUAUCAAGGAAGAGAAAAUCAAAGCAGAUGCCAACGGUAUUGUCAAAGCUGAUGAGAAUCCAGGGAAGACUGAUGAAGAGGAGAAAGAGGAUAGAGCUGCUCAGUCCUUGCUAAACAAGCUGAUUAGAAGCAACCUUGUGGACAAUACCAAUCAAGUGGAGGUCCUUCAGCGGGAUCCAAAUUCCCCCCUCUAUUCAGUGAAGUCUUUUGAAGAGCUUCGGCUGAAACCACAGCUUCUGCAAGGGGUUUAUGCUAUGGGCUUUAACCGGCCAUCUAAGAUACAAGAGAAUGCACUACCCAUGAUGCUUGCUGAACCCCCACAGAACCUGAUCGCCCAGUCUCAGUCUGGUACUGGUAAAACAGCUGCCUUCGUCCUGGCUAUGCUCAGUCAAAUGGAACCAUUGAACAAAUACCCCCAGUGUUUGUGCCUGUCACCCACUUAUGAGCUGGCUCUUCAGACAGGAAAGGUGAUUGAACAGAUGGGCAAAUUUUAUCCAGAACUUAAGCUGGCUUAUGCUGUCCGAGGCAACAAGUUAGAAAGAGGCCAGAAGAUCAGUGAGCAGAUCGUAAUUGGUACCCCUGGCACUGUUCUGGAUUGGUGCUCCAAGCUGAAGUUCAUCGACCCCAAAAAGAUCAAGGUGUUCGUUCUAGAUGAAGCUGACGUGAUGAUAGCCACCCAAGGCCAUCAGGAUCAGAGUAUCCGCAUCCAGAGAAUGCUCCCUAAGGACUGUCAGAUGCUGCUUUUCUCUGCCACCUUCGAAGACUCCGUGUGGAGGUUUGCUCAAAAGGUCGUCCCAGACCCAAACAUCAUCAAACUGAAGCGAGAAGAGGAAACGUUAGAUACCAUUAAGCAGUAUUAUGUUUUGUGCAAUAGCCGGGAUGAGAAGUUCCAGGCCCUUUGUAAUCUCUAUGGGGCCAUCACCAUCGCACAAGCCAUGAUCUUCUGUCACACCCGCAAAACAGCUGGUUGGCUGGCAGCUGAACUAUCCAAAGAAGGCCACCAGGUGGCCCUCCUGAGUGGCGAAAUGAUGGUGGAACAGAGAGCUGCUGUGAUUGAGCGUUUCCGAGAGGGCAAGGAGAAAGUGUUGGUGACUACCAAUGUGUGUGCUCGAGGUAUCGAUGUUGAACAGGUGUCUGUGGUUAUCAACUUUGACCUGCCAGUGGACAAGGAUGGGAAUCCAGACAAUGAGACAUACCUGCAUCGGAUUGGGCGCACGGGACGCUUUGGCAAGCGAGGCCUGGCCGUCAACAUGGUGGACAGCAAGCACAGCAUGAACAUUCUCAACAGGAUCCAGGAACAUUUCAAUAAGAAGAUAGACAGAUUGGACACCGAUGAUCUGGAUGAGAUUGAGAAAAUAGCCAACUGAAAAGCAUUGGCUAGAGUUGACCUACACCCUCUGGAUGUGCAUCUCCAGCUCCAUUUGGACUAUUUGUUUUUCAAAUUGGCAUAAUUCUCAGCCAGUCACCAAAAAGGACUAAGGCGGGAAUACAUAGAAAUUACCUACCUCAUUUCAAAUUACGUUUGGACUUAACAAAAAAAAAUUGUGCAAAUAAUGGGGGGAGGUAGAAAGAGAAAAAAUGUUUACAUAGGCUUUUAUGAUUAGAUGUAAAUGGACAGAAAUUAACCUUUUGAACAAAUCUAUUUUAAACACAAAAAAAAGCCAAUGUGUUCCCAUCUUAAGAUUCUACUUAAGGAACUGUCACAUCUAUGGAUAAUUUGGCUUCUAGUAUCCACUGUGGUAGUGUCUGUUUCUGUUCUUUACCUGAAGGUGAGACAAGAAUAUCCUGGGUGCCAGCCAGUCUACAGCAAACUGCCAAGGAGACAGAACUGAGGUACCAAUUGAUAGAAAAGGCAGAGCCAAGAGGGGCAACCUGGACAGUUUCAAAGCCAAAAAGGAUUGGGGAGAGGUCCCCGGCUGGGAUGGAGCAGCUCUUUUCUCCCAGCCACCCACAGCGUGAAGAAAUGGUUUGGUAAUGAAAAGGACCCACUAGAUCAGUAGAGGGGCUGAGCCUCGGGAUGGAGGUUGGCUUCUCCAAUGUGCCAGUGUCAAUUCAGUAACAUUAUUAUCAUGGAAUCAUAGUGGCCCUAUUCUAGUGCCAAGUCACUUACAGUAUGUGGUCCCCAAAAUGCUGAGCACCUGCAGGAAAUGUCACAGGGAACUCGGGGCAAAUGAUCUUAGAACUGGGGCUCUCCAUUGGAAGCAUUGAAGGCAGCAGGCCCCUGCCUCUGUGACUUGAAGAGAGGAGACCCUAGAAGAGGGACCCAGCAGGAGGAGACUGUCUUCACCAUAGCAGUUCUGAGAGCUACAUGUCUUCAUUGUCCUGGCAAGGUGGCCCAAUUCUCCCAAUGAAAAUCAUGUCAUAUAUGGGACAUCACUUCAGGCCUGUAAUAUUUGUACUGAAGAUAAGGUUUCUACCGACUGUAGCAAUAGAAGUGACUGGGCCAGCAAGUACAGCAAGGGGUCUAUAAGUGUCCACCCUCUCCACAGGGACCUUCACUUCCCUCACUAGCCCUCUGUAUCUCGUGGUGGCCAUGGGUGAAUUCUCAUGUGUUAUCUGGUUCUGAAGGUUCUCAGACCAUCCCUGAUGUCUUCUUGGUGACCAGAUGCAAGACAGCCCCCAGCUUGGGAGGUGGUGAAGACAUGGAAAGUUGUGGACAAUGAGAAGUCCUGACAGGAAGAUUUCUGAGGCCACUGAGUGCCUGCUCCCAAACCGAGGGUAGGGCAGCUCAGCUGCCAUAAUCCUUCCUUAUGGCCUUGGAGAAGCAGUGAUCAGCUAGCUGGAGAAAAACCUAGCCCAGAGUAGAGGUUUUCCUGGAUGGUGGCGUUCCAUAUUCCACAGCCAAGCCCAGCUUCUCUUAGAGAAAGAAAACCCAACUUCAACAACCAGUUGGCCUAUUCAAAUCAGUCCUGUGGGAAGAAGUUACCUCCCAUCUUUGGUUUCUUUUGCCAGCCUGGAACAUGGGCUGAUAGAAUGUCCAAUGCUCAUAUGAGUAGUGAUGGGAACUGUGUUUGUGAAGUGGUUUGGGUAAUGGGACCCUACUUAUUCUUAAGCCUCUUUGUGCACCCAGUGUAAUAGGUAGGAGCCAAAUCGAUUCUCCUUUGGGCUUCUUCCUUAGUGUUGGCUCCUUGCUUUUAGAUCUCUAGAGCUAUGCUGGAGAGCAAGGGGCUGGAGGGGGAGUGGGGAAAUUCCUGAAGUUAUGGACCUCUGGAAUCUUCCUGUGGCAUCACCUGUGGCUUCUUCCAACUUUGGGGGUAGAUUUGUGACCUUUGGAUGGAGACUGCAAAGUUUUUUAGUUCUGGUCUUUUUAGUUACCCUUGCUGAACCUCUUUUGAAUUUCUGCUUUGUUUUGUUUCCUUGCUUCUUACCCCAGGCCGCUCCUCCACUUAGGAAAGCUCAUGGCAGUCUUGACUUUUUUCUCUCCACAAGGGGAAUUGAGCUAGGGAUUAUUUUACUCUUUUACAGGGGUAGGGAAGCAAAAAAGCUAUAACCUAUUUUGACUUAAAUAUUGUCUGGGAGAAGGUGAGAAGGGAGAAAAUCAGGUUAACUCCCCUUCGACUGAAAGAGUUUCAGUUUGUCCUGUAGAUUUCAGAAUUGAGCAGGAAAACAAGAAAGCGUUCUAAAAGAAACUCUGAAGGCUGCUGGUCUCUGCCUUUGGAAAAGGUCAACUAAGAAUGGGAAGCACUUUGUUACCUUCUCUUUGGCUUUAUCUGGACAUUGUUUUUUUCAUGGCACUAUUUCCCCAAUUCUAAAAAGAAAUCCUACCAGAACAGCAACAUCCUUUCAGAUAUACAGUGUCUGUACUGCAGGAAAAUGUGGUCUGCAGGUGUGGAUGCAGCCUCCUUUGGGUUUUUUCCCUAGUGUCAGUUCCUUGCUUUCACCUCUUCAAGGCUUUGCUGAAGAUUAGGGAUGGGGAAGAGGAGUUAUGGACCAUCUCUGCUUCUGGAGAAGCCUAUGGCAUAAGGCAGCAUAUAACCUUGAUGAAUCCUUUGGUUAUUCCCUGGGCACUUUGGCAGGAGAAGAGGCUUUGGUGUCUCCUAGCCCAGCAGACUGAGUUGGAAGAGUUGGUUUCUAUUUGGGGAAGAAGCAUCUUGUGCCCUUUUAGCAAAAUUGCUGACCUGUCGUGGGUGUUCUAAUAAGAUAACAAUCAGUAAAAAAAUUCUGUCGUCUUUGAUAACUUGGGGGUCACGUAUUGAUUAUAUGGUUAAGAAAUGCUUCAUUGUAGAUCUACUUUCCACUUAUGUUAAUAGAUUUUAACCAAUUAUGAAAAUCUUGUCACUAAAUUAUUCGUGAUCUAGUUUUCUAGUAGUGAAACUAAUGAAUCAGUAAUAGAGUGUUUUGAUCAUCUUCCAUGGGCCUAUCGCUGUUCAUGUUGUUUGGGGGACUAGAGGUGGGAUACAAAAAGGACAUUUGCUGUCAUUCGAGCAUUGAGGAUCUUGUUGAAAAGACAACACCGGCAUCCAUGAAACAACCCGAAGAAGGACUUUUUUUUUCUUGAGUGUUCUCACCCCUCUCUGUGUCCUUUCUCCUAGCCCAUGCAACCCCUGGCCAAAACCUUCCACUUUCUGGACUGUGUCUCAUUCCUCAUGUUUUUGGAGGUUGCUUGACUACUCUGAAAUGACCGUUCCUGGUCAUCCUGACAUACCUAUUGUUUGCAAGUCCAGGUCCUAGGCAUUGAGGCAAAUAAUAAAAUAAUAAGAUCGGAUCAGCUUAUGACCUUGUAGGAGAGGGUAGAAGAUAGACACAUUACCAUUUUGGUCACAAUUUUGGCCAUAUCCCUAAGGUGAAGUUACAUAGGAUCAUAGCAUUUACAGCAUGAAAGCUCCUUGCAAAUCACUUAAAACUUAGAGCAACACUCUUGUUUUACAGGUGAGGGAGCUUGGGACCGUAGAGAGGAAUUGCCAUGGCUAUGGUCACCCACAAAGGAAAUAGAGUUGGUAUCUCUUUGGAAAAUAUAUAUGUAAUGCAAUAGGGGGAAAGAACUGAUAAUAGGCCAUUCUGGAUUUCUUUAAUUCAUAUGUAAAAAGUGUGGCUGAUAUUUGGACCAAUAUUCUGCAAUUAAAUAGAAUAUAAAUAAGAAGAGCAAAGCAUUGUAAGGGUAUUACCUUACCCAAGGCAUUUAGGCUGUAUUGUGUUAAUUUGUUGUUCAAAGUAUGACCCUAUUGAGGGUGGAGAAGAACUGACUUCAAAGCAAUAGGUACUUGGUGGUUGAGCGUUGUUCUCAGCAUUGCUUAAACGGUUCCAUUGAGAUGGCCCCUAUUCCAGGCUCCUGAACUAAAGCAAAGAAGCCCUAUAAAGAAUGCCCAGCCUUAUUGGAAGGUGCAGACAAGUGAUUAAGGGGGUCAGGGAAUGGAGAUCUCUGCAGGAUGGAGUGGCUGGGUCAGCUUAGUAAGUUGGUCCAACUUGGUAGAAUCUCAUCUGAAAAAGGUACUGGAGUGGGAGUCUUUACUCCCUUCCCUCAACUGAAGUUGGCUGUUCCCUUGUAGUUUUCAGCACUUGACCACUCCUUUGUCCUUGAUGAGAACAUAGUAUUUACUGGGGGGUUUUUUGUUGUUGUUGUUGUUGUUUUAAACUAUGGUGAUAGCUCACCUCAGGCCAGUCAUAUAACCUCUGGGAUUGUUUCCUCAUCUGUCAAAUUGGGGAUUCAUUAGAUAAUCUCUAAGUCCUCCUCCAGUUUUAAAUUCUUGGCCCAUUUUUGCUUACUAUUAUUGGAAUAUGUAUUAUUUCUCUUAGACUGUAAACUUUGUGAGGGUAAAGAUUGGGAUAUUUGUCUUUGUCCCCAAUACCUAGUGCCUGGUGGCUUAAUAAAUACUUCAAAAAUUGAA